CUAGAAUCGUAAGAAUAUCCUUAAAAAUCAGUAGGGCUUCAACGAGAGUCUAGAAAGAAGUGGUGUGGCAUAGAAGUGUCUCAGAAUGCAAUUUAUGUGGUGUCGCUUCUCCCUUGCCUGACAGCAUGGAGCGAGGCGGCAGCGUGGUGAGGGUGCAGGGGGAGAAUGGCGGACCACAUCCCUCCCUCUUUGGUGGUCACAUGGUGGUGCAGUCCUCCAGGCCGCCGUGGCUCAGGCUCUUGCGGAAGUGGGGGCUGCAGCUUCUGAUACUGGCGGUGGUAGUGGUGGUGGCGGUGGUGGUGCCCGUGGUGGUGUCCUUGUCUAAGAACAGCGAAGUGCCAGCCGACCGCAUCUCCUGUCCCAGGGCUUUGAGCGCUGCGUCACUGCACACCGCAGUGUACACCCCCGCGGCCAGCAGCCCCGCACCACACCUGUGCGUAAGAACAACACUGUGUCGAAGGAUAGCGGGGAAACACAAUUCUGACCACUUCCGUGCCGCGCACCUCCCCUUCACUGCAUUCAGAAAGCUCUCCUUGAAUAUUAAGGCGAUGGGCACGCUCACUACCAAGGGCAAGGUUGCAGCAGGGGUGGUGGUGGCGGUGGUGGUAACUGUCAUCAUACUUGCCGCUGUGUUAGGUGGUAGUCAGGCACCUCCAAUACAAGACCAUUCCUCAGUGAUUUGUUUGAGGAAGAACGCGGCAACAAAGGAGCAAUGCGAGGAGAUAGGCUGCCUCUGGGACGCGUGGGGAGAGGACGUGCCCAGCUGCUACUUCCCGCCAGCCUCCCUCCACGGGUAUUCUGUCACUACCCUGCGGAACAACACCUCCUCGGGUCGUAUGGUGGCCCAGCUGACACUCAAGAACACCUCAGCCAGGGUAGUGCCUAAUCUGAAGGAGGCGCUGACGGUGGAGGUAACCCAGUGCAGUGGCGAGGUGCUGCGUGUGAAGGUAACAGUGCCUGGGGAGAAGCGUUUUGAGCCUCCAGUGCCCCUACAGUUGCCGGACCCCCGAGAACAACGGCAGGAGCAGCAGCAGUCCCUCUACAACGUGACUUUGGGGGAGGAGGGCGGCGACUUCAGGCUAGUGGUGCGGCGCCGCGGGAGUGACGCUGUGCUGUUUGACACAGGUGUGGGUGGCUUUACCUUUGCCGACCAGUACUUGCAGGUGGCCACACGUCUCGCCUCCCGUAACCUGUAUGGCCUCGGGGAGUCCCACCACCAGUCCCUGCGUCAUGACCUCCACUACCGUACCUGGCCCAUGUUUGCCCGAGACCAGCCACCUGGACCGCCUGGGGAGAACCUGUAUGGGGUGCAUCCGGUUUACAUGGUGCUGGAGGAGACAGGGGAGGCACACAUGGUACUCUGGCUCAACAGUAAUGCCAUGGAGGCUGAGACAAUGCCGCUGCCGGGCCUCAACCUGCGGUCCAUUGGAGGUGUGGUGGACCUGUACUUCUUCCUGGGCCCCACCCCAACCCAAGCCCUCCAGCAGUACACAGCCACCAUCGGCCGCCCUGCCCUUCCUCCCUACUGGGCCCUGGGCUUCCAACUGUGUAGGUACGGGUACAACACCCUGGAUAACCUGAAGGCGGCUGUCUCACGCACAAGACGACAUGGUGUUCCACAGGAUGUGCAGUACGCUGACAUUGACCACAUGGACCGCCGCCUGGACUUCACCGUGGACCAUGUCAACUUUGCUGGACUUGAAGAUUACGUGCUUGAGGUGAAGAGGGAAGGACUGCGCUUCAUCAUCAUCCUGGACCCGGCCAUCAACGCUGAGAUGGGUGAGGAGUACCUGGUGCACAAGAGGGCGAGGGACAAGGACGUGUACAUCACCUGGCCAUCUCACCUGGUGCCCCAACACAAUUUUGGUGCUGGGAACGUCAUGCUGGGCUAUGUGUGGCCAGACAACCGCACAGCCUUCCCAGACUUCUUCCGCAGCUCAACUAAGGCGUGGUGGAAGGAGGAGAUAUGGCUGUUGUAUGCUGCGGGCCUCUAUUUUGAUGGCUUGUGGAUUGACAUGAAUGAGCCAGCCAACUUUGGGACGAAUGAGAAGCAGCCUUGGAACUGGCCAGAGGGAAGACAGCCAUGGAGUCUGACCUGCCCCAACACCACCCUGGAGGACCCCCCUUACCUGCCUGCUGCUGUCACUGUGUGGGGCCCAGGCAAGCGGCUCUCUGACAAGACGAUCUGCAUGGAGGCACAGCAAGGGGAGCAGAGAGAGUUCACUCACUAUGAUGUCCACAACUUGUAUGGCUGGUCACAAGCACAGCCCACCUUGGAGGCACUGCAGGCCGUGACAGGGAAGAGGGGCAUUGUGGUGAGUCGGUCCACCUUCCCCUCCAGUGGGCGUUGGGCGGGACACUGGCUUGGUGACAACUCGGCACGCUGGGCAGACAUGCACAAGUCCAUCAUUGGCAUGAUGGAGUUCAACCUGUUUGGAAUUCCCUACAUUGGCGCUGACAUCUGUGGCUUCUUUGGGGACACCAGCGAGGAGAUGUGUGGCCGGUGGAUGGAGGUGGGCGCCUUCUACCCCUACAGCAGGAACCACAACACCCUCGGUGCUGCUGACCAUGACCCUGGACUGUGGCCCAGCGUGGCAGCGGCUGGCCGGGCAGCGCUGACGAUCCGAUACACCCUGCUGCCGUACCUGUACACUCUGCACUACCUGGCCGCCACACAGGGCCACUCUGUCAUCAGACCUUUGUUCUUUGAGUUCCCCAACACCUCAGCCAGCUGGGAUGUGGACGAUCAGUUCCUGUGGGGGCCCUGGCUGAUGGUGGCACCAGUGCUGGACCAGGGUUUGGUGGCCAGGGAUGUGUACUUCCCACCUGCCACCUGGUAUGACUACCACACUGGCCGGGCUGUGGAGGGCACGGACACCACACAGCAAGUGGAUGCGCCGCUGGGCCACGUGCCGCUGUAUGUGCGGGGUGGAGGCAUCAUGGUGACGCAGCGACCACAUGCCAACACCAUGAUGUCCAGGAGUGAGCCACUGGGUCUGGUGGUGGGGCAUGGUGAUGGCGCUGCACAGGGCUUCUUCUACUGGGACGAUGGCGAGGCGAUUGAUCCCGUUGGAAGUGGCCAGUAUUUCACAGCAGAAAUAACAUACACUGAGGGGUCAGUGGUGUGGGCGGUGGUGCACUCAUCGCUGCCUGAAACGGCCCAGCUGGUGAUGUCUGAUGUGACUGUGUUUGGUGUGGCGGUGCGGCCUGCUCAGCUGCUGGUGGACGGCAAGAGAUGGACCACUGGGGACUGGCACUAUGAUGCCACCACGCAGACUCUCAAGAUGUUUGACUUGGCUCUGUCCAUCACUACAAACUUCAACUUGUCUUGGAGCAACACAGCCACCGUCCUGCUGCCCUGCCCUGUCUCAUACCAAGGGAGGCAGGAUGGCUCUCACAUCACCAGGGAGCAGUGCCGUGCCAGGAACUGUGUAUGGGACCAGGAGAGUCAGGUAUGUGCAGUGUUCCAUCCUCCGCCUGAUCAGUAUGGCCUGGAGUUUGUUGACGGCCACAUCACGGCCACUGCCACAGGUUUCAAGACACUCCUGCGGCCACGAGGUGCUCCCCUCUACCCCGGGGGACCAGAGGAAGUCGUAUUUGAGGCUUUCCAGUACACCAAUUACAUGUUGAGAGUGAAGUUCUACGCAGCUGGUGAGACUCGCUAUGAGGUGCCGGUGCCGCUGGAUCUGUCCCAAGAGGAGGCGGAUGAUCCGCUGUACCGCCUGGUGCUGCCGGAUGACCCUGCGCCGGGGAAGCUGUUCUUCUUCUACAUGACUCGGGCAGACAGCGGCACCAUCCUGUUUGACACAAGGAUUGGUGGCCUGACCUUCACCGAGCAGUUCCUCAGCAUCAGCACAGCGCUGCCCAGCAAGAAUGUGUACGGCCUCGGGGAGAACGCACACGACUCCUUCCGACACGCGAUGGACGGCUCAGUGUGGCCGCUCUUCUCCCGAGAUGAGGGACCCGUGCCACAGGCCGGGAAGCAAGUGAACCUCUACGGGGUGCAUCCGUUCUACCAGUGUGUGGAGAACGACGGGCGAGCCCACGGCGUGCUGCUCCUCAACAGCAAUGCCAUGGACUACCAGCUGCUGGACCACCCGGCCCUCACCCUGCGCACCAUCGGAGGCGUGCUGGACCUGUUCCUGGUGGCUGGACCACAGCCAGAGUCUGUGGUGAGCCAGUACACGCAGCUCAUCCACCGCCCAAUGCUGCCGCCUUACUGGGCUCUGGGCUUCCAACUCAGCAGGUACGGCUUUGCAACGCUGAGUGACCUGCAGGCAGCCGUCAACCGGACCAGAGACGCCGACAUCCCGCAGGACGUGAUGUACGGGGACAUUGACUACAUGGACCGCAGGAUGGACUUCACUGUGGACCCCGUCAGCUACCAUGGCUUUGAGGACUACGUGAGCCAAGUCAAGGAGGACGGACUGAGGUUCAUUGUGAUCCUGGACCCUGCUAUCAAUGCCCAGCUGCCAGCGGCCGACUACCCACCACACAGCAGAGCAAUGGUGGCCGGCGCGUACAUCACCUGGCCCGAGGGAACCAACCAGUCGGUGAUCCAAGACAACAAUGAUGGUGCACUGGGAUCUGUAAUGCUUGGAUAUGUGUGGCCAGAGAACAAGACAGCCUUCCCAAACUUCUUCAGUGCUGCAGCUAAGAAAUGGUGGACUGAAGAAAUUAAGACCUUUUACGCUGAUAAAAUCAAAUUUGACGGCCUUUGGAUUGACAUGAAUGAACCAGCCAACUUUGGGACCAACGAGGGGCAGCCGUGGAACUGGCCAGAAGGAAGGCCGCCCUGGAGCCUGGCCUGCCCCAACACCAUCUGGGAUAACCCGCCCUAUGUCACAAAGGCAGCGAUGGCCGGCCCCACACACACCAUGGCGGACAAGACACUGUGCCUGGCUGCGAGUGAGGCGCCGUACAGACACUAUGACGUCCACAGUCUGUAUGGUUGGGCCCAGACUGAACCAACACUGAGGGCAGUGCAGCAGGUGACUGGCCGGCGAGGGUUGGUUCUGACUCGGUCCACCUUCCCCGGCAGUGGACAGUGGGCUGGUCAUUGGCUGGGUGACAACCGCUCCAACUGGACAGACAUGGCUCACUCCCUCAUUGGCAUGAUGGAGUUCAGCCUAUUUGGAAUUCCGUACAUUGGUGCCGACAUCUGUGGUUUCUUUGAGGAGGCGGAGGAGGAGAUGUGUGAGCGGUGGAUGGAGGUUGGUGCCUUCUACCCCUUCAGCCGGAACCACAAUGCCAAGGGAACCAGAGACCAGGAUCCAGGUGUUUGGGGGGAGAGUGUGGCCAGAUCUUCACGGAGAGCCUUAGAGAUCAGGUACCGCUUGCUACCAUACCUGUACACCCUGUUCUUCGAGGCACACACCCGCGGCACCACUGUGGUACGGCCACUGCUGCAUGAAUUCCCCAGCGACCGUCGGACUCUGGGUGUGGAUGACCAGUUCCUGUGGGGUCCUGCAUUUAUGAUCUCCCCUGUCCUGACCCCGGCCACCACACAGCGAUGGGUCUACUUCCCCCAGGACGCUUGGUAUGACUACUAUUUGGGCACACCAGUACAGUUCCCUGGUGAAGCAGUAACCGUUCCUGCCCCAAGAGACACCAUUCCCUUGCACAUCCGGGGCGGCCACAUCCUACCCACACAGCAGCCGGCACGGAACACAGCCACAGCUCGCCGUCUGCCCAUGGGACUCAUUGUGGCCAUAGGGAGAGACCGCCGGGCCACUGGUAGGCUGUUUUGGGAUGAUGGGGAGAGUAUCAACACUGUGGCUUUGAAGAGAUACUCACUGGUUGAGUUCUCUUUCGUUCAGCACACUCUGACAGCAGUGGUGGAGGCCAACAGUAAUGAGGACUUGAAGGGGCUAACUCUGGCCCACCUGGAGUUCCUGGGUGUGGAGCGGCCGCCCUCUGCUGUGGUGUAUCGUGGCGCCAAGGUACCAGACUCACAGUUCACCUAUGAGGCUGCUAACCUGAAACUCUCUGUCAACAUUACUCACCAACUUAAUCUGGACUUUGCACUGGAGUUGAGGGACAUCUGGCACUAUGAGGUCACCAUGGAUUAAGUGACUGGUGACUGGUGACUGUAGGGGGAAUAUCAAGUAAGUGAGACUGUUGCGUAUCACUUCAUAUGUACUUCCCAACUGGUGUCAUUUGUCCAGUAUGCCACAGAUCUCUUGGCUAUAGUCACUGCCCAUGUUACACUACUACUACUACUACUACUACUACUACUACCACCACCACAACUACUGAUAAUACUAAUAAUGAUAAUAAUAACAGUAAUAAUAAUAUCUCUGUGGCAAUAUGACAACAUGACCAGUUACUUAAGUCUUGAUAAACAAUAUUUCACGACUGUGUGUUUUGUUCCCCCCUUCAUCUCAAUCUCCUUGUGAGUCAACAGUGUUUCAUGAUAUUCUAUAGUUGUGUUGUGUUCUGUAGUGUUCCUCCUGCUAACCCCUUCCGUACCAUGAUGCAUUUCUGUAUUCAUUCUGGUGACCAUUUGGUGAUUUUAUACAGCUUCAGAAACUCAUGUGGGGGAUUAAAACAGUGAAGACUCUGGCUAUUA